AAAUGAAGGUUGUCGGUGUAUUGGCAGUUUACCGGAACAACUGUGAAAAACAAUGCAUUUUGUACCCAAAUUUUUAAAAGCCUUUGAUGUGUUGUACAUUCUAUGACCGCGCACCCUCGGCCUCGGCGUUGUUAUAGUAACAAGGAGCUUUAUCGCUAUAUGGUAGUCGUUUUCGGGUCGGACAAGCAGGCGACAAGUGACAUUUCUUUCGCCAAUAAUAGCCCUUGGGUGAUAUCUUGUUAUAGGGGCGCUGAUAUGUGUUUACAUACACUGUUUUUGUAAUUUCAAUUUCCAGACUAUGAAAACAAACACACACACUAUUGACUGUUCAGAAGCCAAUAGUUUUGUGGUUGGCACGUUUAUUAAUAACAAUAGGUGAGGUCACCGAUAUCUUCGCUGUUACCGCCCCCCACCCCGAAAAUAUAUUUUGUUAAAUUUGCAUCAACUCCUGAAUGCAUAAUGGUCAUAAAGGCUAGAGGCUGAGCUAGAUUACUGACGUAGCCAGCUCAUGCAAGGUUAUCUUACAAACUGUUUACAAGUUCGAUUUUUGUUACAAUUUCGGAAUCUUUACUUUCCUAAAUGAUGUUAAUACAAAAAUAGGCCUUAAUCUUGCCUAAUAAAAUGCGAUAUUGGCAAAUAUCUUACGAGUUAAACCUGUGUUUUGCUGGUAAACAGCAGAACACAUUACGAUCAUAUGAAACUCAAACCUGACUACCGUGAUGACAUCAGACACCCAGUCAAGUAGGAAUUCUUUUGAAAGCUUUCUAAAUCCGACUUUCACGUGAACUGAUUUAGUGAUUUUAUAUUUGAUAUCUGUGAUAUUUAAAAUACUUGCACGUUCUAUUUUGGUCCACUUUCUUUCUUUUUAGUCUGUUUUGUCUCAAUUUAAUCCCCUUUUUUCAACGACUCCAAAGAUUCUUUGGUUGCUUGAAAGGUAAGUUGCCUUUCCAAAGCCAAUCACUGGCCACAUUAUUUGACAAAGUUUGAAAUCCCAGAUCUCUGAAUAAGAACUGUGAGACUGAUGGUAGAACAAGAGGGAAGAAACUUCUUUCAGCAGACGAAUUUUUCUUGCAUUGGUAUCGUGUCGCUGAUUGGUUGCAACAAGAUAAACAUUCCAAAAAUAUUUCUGGCGCCCCUGGAUUCGAGUUUUAUCGCUAAAUUUAUAAGAAAUUGAACUCAAAACCUUGUCCCAGGGGUGCCUAAGCGGUACAUAAUACUACCUGGUCGGCCUGUUUGUCAGUUGAAAUACCCGGUCAUAAGUCAAUUUUCUGUGAUGUCAGAUUUACCUCGAGCAAACGUUUAUGUCGAUCAUUUAUGCUCGAGUGCCUAUGCAUAUGCUUCAUGGGGUAAACCCCUGCUAUCAUACAUCCUUGGUCAAUCUUGGUAAUCACAUGAAUUUAAGAAAAAAGGCAAAGAAAAGAUUCCAUAUGGUUUUUGGUGAUCACUUUUAAGAAACCUUACUCUUCGGCGCUGAUCUGCUGUCAGUACACCUGAAAUGAAUUUAGGAAGAUAUAUUUAUAUUUGGGGCUGAUCAAUUCUCUCUUGGUGCUGAUGCAUUAUGCGGUUCACCAGCGUUCAUCAGGUGUGAAAGCAUUUAACAGUUCAGUGCAAUAGGUCUGUCAAUACCUUUCACUAGAUAAACUGUAAUUUUCACUCUUACUAUACCAAUACAAAAUAAUUAAAAAGACUUUCAUGUAAUUAUAGCAUUGUUGCGUAUAUCUCUUGGUUCAUUGUUCGCCUUCUUUUUCAAAACAACAACUGAACAUCGUAGCGAACAUUUUUGCCUCUUUCUAUUUCGUUCUAUUUGGUUCUACAAUAUUAUGCCAGAUGAUAUCGGAAAUAAAAUUCCGUUCUUAAAACUGCUAGCCUCAUUAAUAUAUCAAGGAUCCCUUUGUAGUCGAAACCAAUAGGAUAUACGAUAUGCCGUGCUGUAUUUUUAUUGCGGCUAUUUAGAUCUGUUUAGAUGUAUCCAGAUCAUGCGGUUAUAUGGUGGCACGAACAUGCAGUACAGCAAUAUCGUGUUCUAUUUCUAAUGUUUUCCUUAGCGGGACUGAGUUUCCCUGGUUACUGGAAUUCAAUCAAAAAUAGUCACACGAAACGAGGGAUCAAACAAGCAUAGAUAUCCUGGAAUCCUUAUGGAAGUGAAUCUCACAAUCCAGUCAUAGAAAUUUAGAAUCCACCAUGUGGAAUUCGGCACCCAACACCAAUGCAUAUGAUCCGGGAUUAUUUUAUCUGGGACAGCGUUAUGUUUUCGUGGAUGUUAGCCCGUCAUGUCACCCACUCAUUCGUUAGAUAUAGAUCCGUCGUGUUAUCCCUUCGGACCCAAUCAGUGUAAAUUACCUUCAAUACCAAAAAGGUCAGCUUGCAUUCCUUCCAUUGUAAUUCAAUGCAGUCAUCGAAACACACACCCUGGGCUGCGAAGUUAAGUUAAGAACUGCAAAAAGAACUGCUAGAAAUUUUGCCGACGUCAAUUUCUCCAGCGGUACAUUGUAGAACUCAGUUAUCAUCCCAUGAAAUGUGAUCUCAUGCAAAGUGAAAGAGUUUGUACAGUUUUUUGGCAUCACCCAGCAAUUCACAGAAUCACAAAGUCUGAUGUCCUUACAACAGUGAUAAAGGAGGAGUAAUAACAAUCGACAAAGUAAUAAGACUCAAUGGAGGCGACCGACGUUUUACUGGAAGAACUUAAAGUAGAUGGUCUGGUAGACGGCGUUCCACCAACUAUACACAAGUUGGAGCGAAAGCUUUUUGAUGCGAUAAAGAAGGGAGAUUUGGAGAAAGUUAAGAACGCUCUAAAUUACUCUCAGCCAGAAUGUAACCUUAACUGUGUCAACAACUCGGGUAAAACUGUACUGCAAGUAGCGGCGGAUUUGGAAGACCUGUCAAUUCGGAACGACAUUAUCAAAUUCUUACUGACCGGUGGAGCCGACUUGGAACUCGCAUUGUUGCACGCAGUUCGUGAAAGUGACGCGAAAUGUGUGGAAAUUUUGCUUAAAUUUCACGAGCCUCCAUCGGUGCAACCAGAUACUUUAUACGUAACGAACUCUUCCAAACGCGAACGAUACAUCACACCGCUGAUUCUGGCAGCAUGUUUGCAGAAUUUCCAAAUUGUCAAGCUUCUGCUGGAACGUGGGUUCACCAUUUCCGACUUACCUACGGAUAAUUCUCAACGAUCUCACAGAGUUGAAGGUGAAAAGCUAGGACCUGCUGUGUUCCGUUUAAACAGAUAUCGAGCACUUGCUAGUCCUGUGUACUUAACCGCGUCUUUUCUUCAAAACUCACUUAACGGUCCCGAUCCCGUUUAUCAGGCCUGUGUCCUCAACAAAGAGUUGUGUGAGAUGGCAGAGCAGGAGUAUGAGUUCAGGAAAGAGUAUUUGGAGCUUAGCGAUGGUUGUAAAGAGUUUGCAGUAGCGGUGCUGAACGAAUGCCGGUCGAUGAAAGAGAUAAGAUGCGUUAUGGAGAUGAAAAACGAACUAAUGCUACCUAGUACGGGCGGAGGGCUUUUAAACAUCCUUGAGUUUGCCAUCGUCACGAGAAAUGAAAAGUUCGUCAGUCAUCCUUUCAGCCAGCUUCUGUUGAAUUCAGAGAUUUACAGAGAUGUCCCUUUCCUGGAGAAAAGUUCCUGGAAACAGUUCGCCUUGAUAUUGUUGGCGUUUGGUCUGUUUCCUUUUUUCCUCGUAUUUUGGCUUGUUUUCGACAACUGUCUUCCCAGGCAUGAAGUCGGAAGAAUGCUACACUCUCCAUGUGUGAAAUUCCUCAUCAGUUGUGGUUCCUUUCAAACAUUUCUUUUUCUGCUGUUUUUGUCUUCGUUCGCUUUUCAAAGUAUUUUUCUGCAGUACGCCAUAACUGAUUGGCUAAUCCUCGUAUUCGUACUUGGUCACUUAGUGGAUUUAGUUAAACAGGUUUACCACAAAGGAAGAGUUCGCUUCUUUACUGACUACUGGAACUAUCUGGCUCUAGCCACGGUCAUGCUAUUUCUUCUCCAUUACGUGUUUUGGUGGGCUGGCAGAGCAGCAAUGAUAGGAAAACUGGACUCUUUGACGUGGAAGAACCAUGCUACACAUAGCUCGUACACGAUCGUGUUGUUUUCCGACUGUCUUUUAGCCCUGGCAAUUCUACUGGCAUUUACCCAAAACUUGUCGUAUAUUCAGGCAAACUCCACCAUUGGUCCACUCCUACAUGCAUUCAUACAAAUGUUAUUUGACGUAAUGAAGUUUUUCUUUUAUUUUAUCUUCGUCUUCCUGGCGUUCGUUGUCAGUUUUACUAAGCUGUACCUGCAAUAUGAGAAGGCCAGGCAGUUUUUCCUGUCGGGAUCAAAUCAAACAGAUCCUCUUCAUCUAGACAACAUGUUAGGCAGCGUGAGCACGAUAUUUUGGUCGCUGUUUGGCCAGAUAGACCCUGGUAGCUUCCAGCUUGAUAAUAGUGAAUACGAUGUUAUAUGGAAAACUGGGUUGAUCUUAUUCGGCGCGUUCAAUAUCGUAGCAGUUCUGGUGGCUCUUAACAUGCUCAUUGCAAUACUCAACGAUUCUUACGUUCAGAUAACGGCCAACUUGGAUGCUGAAUGGAAGUUGACCAGGACGAGGCUGUGGUUAAGCUGGAUUCACAAGAAAGGCGUUCUUCCCCCGCCUUUUAAUCUUCUGUACCUGUUGCUUCCACUCCUGUGGCUUAUUAAGCGUCUUGUCACAGCCUACUGCUCAAAAAGAGUCUUGAUAAUUUUCAAACGAUUUGUCAAGGAUGGGGGUUCACACUCUAACUGGAAAGCAAAAAGGAUUAACGAGAAGGAGAGACGGGAAGUGAUUCGCCAUCUUGUCCUGAGGAACCUGGCCAAGAAAUCUUACCAUUCAGAGGAUGGAACCGAGUCUAUCGACUCCGACGAAGAAAACGAGAACGAGGCAACAGUCCCGUUUGAAGAGAGUGGCUUGGAUACGAGUCAAUCAAACGACGUUGUUACCAGUUUUUAAAGGCCUUAGACUGGAAACCGAACCAAAGAAAGAUGUCCAUUGAGGCUAAAGUCUCUAAAGAAAACAGUUUGCAAGUUCGAAUAUUAAACGCUUUCCAAGAAAGAGUCAAGACUUAUUAUCGUAGAAGUGUUGUUUUUAUGAGCAAGAGCAAGUUAUUUGCUCAUCAAGCCAUGCAUUAUAUCUGGAAUUUCAAUUCGGGUCUACUAACACUGGAAGAAAACAUGGAUUUUCGCGGGUAGCCAGUGUGAAGUCAUAAAUAGUCUUCAGUUGAUUCUUUUGCAACAUCAAGCCGGGUGAAGCCUUCAUUUUGAUUGAAGUUCGAACUUGAAAACUAUCUUAUUUACGAAGUUAUUUUGUUUAAGAGUUGAUCUCGAAAAUUUAUAUAUCAGUUCCAGCUUGAAAUUUAUGAUCGCUUUAAGUAGAAGAGGUUUCACCGACUGUUUAAAGCUAAACAUAUAUUUUUAUAUAUUAAGAGCUGUCACGCCGUGCUGAUAUGCUGGAAAUAUUAUAUUUUUUUAGUAUUGUAAAUAUUUGAGAACAGCAAGAGUACAGCAGAAUAUAACAUUUGAAAACUUGAUGCUGACUUACUUUAUUAUAUAUCAUGUAUCAUAUCCUUUGAAUAUUUUUUUGGAUAUCUUCAAGCGACCGUUUUAUCUUCAGAUUAGUCCGGCAAUUGUCAAAAGAUCUCAAUUGAGUCGUCAGUUGUUCGUGUUAUAUUCAGAUUUUUCCAGUAUCCAGCCUGAAAGGAUAUUUCUCAAUAUCAAGGACUUACAACGUUUUUGUGUUUACAGUGAAACCAUUGUCUGGAGGUUUCCGAGAUCGCUUUAAGCCGGUCAUGCGAACGAUUCCGAGCUUUCUCCGAUGUUCCGAACAUCCUUUAGGAAAACAAGAUAUUUAGGUUAAAAACCAAUAAAUUUAAUUCAUUUAACCAUUCAAAGGGUAAACAUGAUAUAUAUAGAAAAACGUGCCAACAUUAACUUACAUUAUUAGACGUUGAACUAUUGCUUUAACUUUUCGUGACUCAAUUGUGAACGGAAAAAACCCUUUGUUAAGCCGCUAUAUUUGUUUUUAGCUCUUCUCUCUAUAAAUAACCACCUCUUUUGCUUCCUGCUUGCAAAAAUAGUAACCCAAGACAAUUUUAACUUGCCUGAAGUCGUCUCGCGCUAUUUACUUCGUUUUACGCGGAAAAGGAACCUUACGUCGUCACGGGCACGAAGACUGUUUCUUCACCUUAUUCAAUGGUUUGACUUAUAUUAAAUACGCGCGGAUGUUUUGCGAGUUUCGCAGUAUUUCUCCGAGCCCUGAAGAGGCGAGAAAAACUUGAUAUGAUCAAUGAGUAAAAUGUAAGCGCGUAUUAUAUAUUAAACCAUCUAUAUAUCCCA